AACCAAUCUCUAUCCUUCGACGCUACCAUCAAAGUCAAUGUCGAACAACGAUACCAGACCAUGCUUGGCGGUGGCUGCUCCGGCGCCUUCGGAGCCGCAUGCACCACAAACACCCUCUCAGCAGCCGACCAGGAUGCCGUCGUCCGUACCCUGUUCGACGAAAACAUUGGUGCCCUAUCCAUCCUCCGUAACUUGAUUGGGUCUUCUGCUGGCACAACUAUUCUUCCUACUUGUCCCGCGACUCCUGCUGGCCCUUUCAAUUACACUUUCCCUACUGCUUCCAACGAUAGUUGUCAGUUGACUCUGGCUCAGAAUGCGAUUAAAUACAAUCCAGACUUGUACUUGUAUGCAGACGCCUGGUCAGCACCUGGCUGCUUCAAAACUACCGGUCGUGAAGCAGGAGGUGGUGUCAUCUGUGGUGUGCGUGGUAGCAACUGCACCUACGACUGGCGUGAAGCCUAUGCAAACUACCUGAUCGAAUACGUGCGACUGUACCAACAACGCGGUAUCAAGGUAUCUCUGCUGGGUGCUUACAAUGAGCCGGAUUUUAACCCGAUAACGUACUCUGCUAUGCUGUCGGAUGGAUACCAAGCGUACGAUUUCUUGAGUAUCUUUUAUCCUAUGGUCAAGAAGGCAUUCCCUAGCUUGGAUGUGUCCUGCUGUGAUGCAACUGGUGCUAGACAGCAAAGAGAUCUGCUAUACGAACUUGGACGUCUUGGAGGAAAGACACUGUUUGAUGUAAACACCUACCAUAACUACCAGUCUGAUAUCAAGGAGCCGUUCGACGACCUCUUAGCCGGCCAGCCUACACUAGAAACGGAAUGGAGCGAUGGCGGCAACACCUGGACACGCACCUGGGAUGCCGUCGGCAACAACUUUGAAGGUUUCCAGUGGGCCAACUACAUGCACCAUGCCUUCGUCAACAACGUCGCCGGCUGGAGCCACUGGUGGUGCAGCUGGACCUCUCCCACAGACGCCGCUCUGGUCCAAGUAAACGGCACUUCCUACCAAGUCUCCGCCCGCCUAUGGGCAUUCGCAGGCUAUUUCCGCUUCGCCCGUCCCGGCGCCGUGCGUCUGUUUGCCGAUAGCAGUGUCCAAGAGGUCCGCGUAACCGCAUGGCAGAACAAGAACGGCACGAUCGCUAUUCCCGUCAUCAAUUCUGCGCAUUAUACUUAUACGUUGGCUGUGGAGUUGGGGGCUACGAAUGUGAGCAGGGCUACUGCUUAUUUGACUGAUAACGAGCAUAAUGUUACCAUGGCUGGGCAGUUUGCCUUUGAGGGUGGCAGGUUUACGGCGCCGAUUGAGCCUAGGUCUAUGAAGACGUUCUUCUUGGAGGAGGCGGAAUAGACGGACGUUUAUUGUGUAGUUAUCGAGGUGUGAUGUAUGAUGGUUCGG